AUGGCAUUGACAAGACUUUUGAGGUUGCGCAAAAGGUCUGGGCUGAGGUCUUUUGUUUAUCUAGCUGAGAACAAUGUCAUGUUUGAGGGUAUUCUCCUCAAGCCAAAGCAAAUUGCUGAUUAUACUUUUACAAUUCUCCAAAGAAGAAUUCCCCCAGCUGUCCCUGGAAUCAUGUUCUUAUCUGGUGGACAAUCAGAAGUUGAGGCUACCUUCAACUUGAAUGCCAUGAAUAAAUCUCCAAACCCGUGGCAUGUGUCCUUCUCCUGCGCUAGGGCGCUUCAAAACACUUUCUUGAAGACAUGGGGAGGACUCCCUGAGAGUGUGAAGGCUGCUCAGGACGCGUUGCUAAUCAGUGUUAAGUCUGAGUCUCUUGCUCAGCUUGGCAAAUACACUGGCGAGGGUGACUCAGACGAAGCUAAACAAGGAAUGAGUUCAGAAGGAAUGUGUACUAAGGACAAAUAA